AUGGCGAAGGAUCAAGAAGUCGAUCCGCGCAUGAUGUCUGUGACGCCUCGCAUACGAUACAACACGAUCGGAGGCGUCAAUGGCCCGCUGGUCAUGCUGGAGAAUGUCAAAUUCCCACGAUACAAUGAGAUUGUCGCCUUGACUCUCCCUGAUGGCACUGAGCGAUCUGGUCAGGUCCUUGAGGCGAAGGGCGACCGCGCAGUCGUGCAGGUGUUUGAGGGCACACCAGGCAUUGACGUUAAGAAGACGAGAGUCGAGUUCACUGGCCACAGCUUGAAGCUGGGAGUGUCAGAAGACAUGCUUGGCCGUAUCUUCGACGGUUCUGGACGAGCAAUCGACAAGGGCCCCAAGGUGCUGGCUGAGGACUACCUCGACAUCAACGGUUCGCCCAUCAACCCCUACUCCCGUGUGUACCCCGAAGAGAUGAUCUCCACCGGUAUCUCCGCCAUCGACACCAUGAACUCCGUCGCCCGUGGUCAAAAGAUCCCCAUCUUCUCUGCAUCUGGUCUCCCACACAACGAAAUCGCCGCCCAGAUUUGCAGACAAGCAGGUCUCGUCCACCAGCCCAACAAGGGUGUCCAUGACGGCCACGAGGACAAUUUCUCCAUCGUCUUCGGUGCCAUGGGUGUCAACUUGGAAACCAGCCGCUUCUUCACCAAGGACUUCGAAGAGAACGGCAGCAUGGAGCGGGUCACGCUGUUCCUGAACUUGGCCAACGAUCCCACCAUCGAGCGUAUCAUCACUCCUCGUCUCGCCCUCACCACCGCCGAGUACUAUGCCUACCAAUUGGAGAAGCACGUCCUAGUCAUUCUCACGGAUCUUACAUCUUACUGUGACGCUCUCCGUGAGGUGUCUGCCGCCAGAGAAGAAGUGCCAGGUCGUCGUGGUUACCCAGGUUACAUGUACACUGAUUUGUCUACCAUCUACGAGCGUGCCGGACGUGUGGAGGGACGAAAUGGCUCUAUCACCCAGAUCCCCAUCUUGACCAUGCCAAACGAGGACAUCACCCACCCGAUCCCCGACCUGACAGGCUACAUCACCGAAGGCCAAAUCUACGUCGACCGCGGCCUCGACAACAAAGGCAUCUACCCGCCCAUCAACGUCCUCCCCUCCCUCUCCCGCCUGAUGAAAUCCGCCAUCGGCGAAGGCCACACGCGCAAAGACCACUCGGACGUCUCUAACCAGCUCUACGCCAAAUACGCCAUCGGGCGCGACGCCGCGAGCAUGAAAGCCGUCGUCGGCGAGGAAGCCCUCUCCGCCGAAGACAAGCUGUCGCUCGAGUUUUUGGACAAAUUCGAAAAGACGUACAUCAACCAGGGGCCCUAUGAGAAGCGCUCGAUUUUCGACGGCUUGGAUAUGGCGUGGGAGUUGUUGCGCAUCUAUCCCAAGGAGAUGCUGAAUCGCAUUCCGAAGAAGGUCCUCGAUCAGUAUUAUCAGCGGCAGGCGAAGAAGUCUGGGGGUAAGGAUACGUUGGAUAAUGGGGAAGAGGAGCAGCCGAAGCAGAAUGGGGAGGCGGAGAAUUUGAUUGAUGCGUAG